AUGUCCUACCCACAUAAAUCAUUAGCAUCCAAUAACAUGAUAGAACUGGAUGACAAAUUCUCAAGUACUCAUCUUUGGGAAUUAAAUUAUGAUGGUGCUUUAGGAAAUACUUUGCUUCAUCUGGGGGCCAAGAUUUCAGAUUAUGAGUUAGUUACAUUGCUUCUAAAUAGGGGAGCUGAUGUUACCAGCAUGGACACAUGCGGACGAACAGCUCUGCAUAUUGCUUGCGAAAAAGGCUCUUUAGAAAUUAUGAAGUUGUUAGCUGAAAAAUCGCCAGCAUAUAUUCUUGACCUGCCUAGUGAUUUUGGACAUACUCCUUUAAACGAAGCUUGUAGAUGUAACUCUCCAGAAGUUGUUCAACUCCUUUUGUCACAUGGCAGUAGUGUGGAUAUAAACGAUGUUCAACGAUAUGGUCCUCUAUUAAAUGCUGUAUCUAAUGUUGCAGAAUAUGCAACGCCUAUUGCAUCUCUGCUUUUAGACGCUGGUUCAAACCUCCACUAA